AUGACUAGCCACAAUAACAGCCCCCGGGCACCGACUCACACCCUUCUGGAUGUAGCACAAUACCAUGUACCUACACGCCCACCGACCGCAACCUCCCUUCACUACUACAUAAGCCCCCCCACCGAAAACAGCACCGAAGUCCCCUCGGCUCGCCACCCCCCCCCGACGCACCUCCCUCACUCCCUAGCGCCCUCCGAACCACACCGCCUCGACAGGACCGCAGGCGGCAGGACCUAUCCCCCCGCACCACGGCCACUCCAGGCGCCCACAGCCGAACGAUUCCCCUGUCCUCAGCACGCCUCCCCAUUCCCGCUCACUCGUCAUCUGCCACUCGAUCUCGUCCCAAGGCGAUCCCCCCCCCAGUCCAUCAGCCAAAGACCGAAGUUACUAGCGCCAAACAAAACCCGUAGCCGAUCACCCAUACCGAGAGCUAACGUCGUCACCCCCACGACUCCCAACCCCCUUCUCCUGCGGCUCGCCCGAGCCCGCCCCUUCACCGGCCCUCAACAAAUCGGUCGCCGCCUAUCCGCUUCUCUACAUUCACUCGCGAUGAACCCCAGUCCCCCGGCAGGGCCCACACUAUCCGCCCCAACAGCACGGCGGCACGCGCGUACACUCUCUUUCCUAAUCUAUCCGGGCCCGUCCCUCUCCGCCACCCCCCAAAACCGCCGGGCCGAGCUCGCGACCCCCGAAAACCUGACGAACCGGGGGGGCCACCUACCGAUAAAACCCAUUACCUUUCGUCCUCCACACGAUCCGGGCCAUUCUCAGGAAGGAAAGCUUCGGUCAGGACAUCCGCGAAUCUCUCCCACCUUUCAUGCCACCACCUCCGGCACCACAACUUUUCCGACUAAAGCAAGGCGGGUAAACCUACCCCCAGCCACGUCCGCCUUCUCUCCUACCCCGUCCCCAUCACUACAGCCAUCACAGUCCCUCCCGCCACCGACGGCUAGGGGCAACCACCCAUUCCUGACCACACCACCCGUAGCUCCCACGCCCCGACCCCCGCCUCGACAAGCCGCUCCUCUCCCUCGCCCGCUCCUCACACACCAUUCCUGGACUGACCCAUAA